UCCUUAAUUCUGCGAGAAAUAAUAAAUCCCCUGGUAUUCCAAGAUGGCUGCUCCCACAUGUAAACAUGCGACUUAAUGUGGUAGAUAGCUACGCUUUAGCAAAACAUUCGUAUUGCAUUUAUUUGUGUGGCUUAUUUAUGUAAAUACUUGUAGCUUGACAGUGAAUUGCAGUGCUGAAUAGUGAGCAAAUUAGACUUCGGUUUGUGGACUUUUUUCAGAGCUAAGUGUUAGCAUUUAGCUGCCAGCAAAGAGCCAUGCCUGCGGUGACGAUAUUCGUGGCAUCUUUGCCAGAAUCAGCAACAAACGAGCGGCUUGAGGAAAUAUUCUCUGAAAUUGGUCCAGUGAAACAAUGCUUCGUUGUUAGAGAAAAAGGAGCAGAGAAAUGUCGGGGCUUUGGCUUCGUCACUUAUUCUAUGGAAGAAGACGCAAAGCGAGCCUUGAAGGAAAUAAAAGAAUACGACGGGAAAAAGUUGUCUCUCUCAGUUGCUAAAAAGAAAUCAAUCAAUAAAAAGAAAACAGAAAAAGAGGAAGCGUCAGAAACAUCUCAACAUGAGCAGGAAACUACAGAAGUAAAGAAAAGAAUAUCUAAACAAGCCAGACUUGUCAUAAGGAAUCUCAGUUUUAAGUGCACAGAACAGGAACUAAAAGAAACAUUUGAAAAAUUUGGCACUGUCAUGGAGGCCAGUAUACCCCUCAAACCAGAUGGAAAGAUGCGUGGAUUUGCAUUUGUGCAGUUUAAAAAUAUGUCUGGUGCCACAAAGGCACUCCAAGCUUUGAAUCUGAAAGAGAUAAAAGGUCGCCAAGUAGCAGUUGACUGGGCUGUGCCAAAAGAAAACUAUAUUGCAGCACAGCAGUCUUUAAAAGGAACUAAAGUUGCAGACGAGGCAGAUCCCAAAGCAGGAAGUGAACCUGAGGAUGAAGAAAAGAAACGAGAAACAGCUGUGAAGAAAAAAAGUGGAUUGAAGGCAAAUGCACAGCAGGUGGAGGAUCUUCAGUCAAGCGAUGAAGAUGAUAUUGAAGAAGAAGAUGAUGAUGAUGCUGAAGAGGAGGAGGAUGAUGAAGAGGAGGAUGAAAUUAAGGAGGAGAAUAAUAGUGAUGGUGAUGGCGAUGAUGAUGAUGAUGAUGAUGAUGGUGGCAUUGAUUCAGAUGAGGAUUACAGUGACAGUGAUGAUGAAGAGGAAGAAGAAAUUUCACCAGCUCAAAAACAAAAGCCAAAGAAACAUUUGCCUUCAGAUGUGAAUGAGGGCCGGACAGUUUUUAUCAGGAACUUGUCAUUUGACACGGAAGAGGAGGGUCUGGAGGAAGUUCUUCUACAGUUUGGAGAGGUCAACUACGUGAAGGUUGUUCUCCACCCAGAGACGCAGCAUUCCAAAGGUCUUGCGUUUGCCCAGUUUAAGACUAAAGAGGCUGCAGACAGCUGCAUAGCAGCAGCACAAGAUGAGACGGAGAGUGGUGGAAUCCGUGCAGAUGGCAGAAAGCUGAUGAUUGUAAAAGCAGUAAGCAGAGAAGAUGCGCUGAAGCUGAAAGUCGACAAGAAAAAAGUAGAGACGGGCAGCAGGAACCUGUACCUGGCCAGAGAAGGAUUGAUCCGCGCUGGAACAAAGGCAGCAGAGGGAGUCUCUGAGGCUGAUAUGGCCAAAAGAGUCAGAUUUGAGGAAGUAAAGAGAGCCAAGCUUCGGGAUAUAGGCGUAUUUGUAUCGAAAAAUCGCUUGUGCAUCCAUAACCUGCCAAAAUCUGUAGACGAUAAAAAACUCAAAGCUAUGUGCCUUAAAGGUCUACAAGGAACCAAAGGAGUUCGGAUCACAGAGUGUCGGGUCAUGUAUGACAGGAAGCCAGAGAAAGGUGGAGUGAAGGGUCAGUCGUUGGGUUACGGUUUCGUUCAGUUUCGAGACCAUGAGUUGGCUCUCGCCACUCUGCGCUACCUUAACAACAACCCUGACAUCUUUGGCCCUCACAAGAGACCCAUUGUUGAGUUCUCUCUGGAGGACUCCAGGAAGCUCAAACUCAAGGAAAUGCGGAAACAGAGAAAUAAAGACUUCAUCCAAAAUCGACCUGUUAAAGGAGAAUUAAAAAAACCCCAAACAGGUUCAGACAUCAAAAAAACAAAGAAGGAUGGAAAUAAAGGACAGUCUUCAUCACAUCUGACAGGAAAGGAGAAAGCAGACACUGGUGAAGGACAGAAGCAAAACUUUUCAGGUUUUCAGACCAAACCUGAGAUUGAACAUGUUGAUUUACAAAACGGAAAGAAACGAAAGAAGGUUUUGCCUUUUCCUUCCCAUCGGGGACCUAAGAUCAGAAUGCGCGACAAAGACAAGCAGCAGGUUCCACCUCCCAAGAAAACAAAGCCAGGGUCUAAAAGGAACAAGCGCCAAACACAACAAUUUGAAAAGCCUAAUCAGGCCAAAAAACAGUUUAAGAGUGCUACGAAACAGUUCAAGAGGAAGGAUGGGGACCGUUUUGAUUCCUUGGUGGAGCAGUACAAGAGGAAACUCUUGGGCGGCGACAAGAACGCCUCCAUCAAAAGAAGCAAGUGGUUUGAUAGUUAAAUCCAUGACCAUGUAAGCAAGGAAGAGGUGGUUGAGAAAUCCAUGGCUUACAAAAUACUAUCUACUGGGAUUUCUGAGUAGAUAUUUUUUUUAUGAACUGUGCUGAACUGAACAGUUUAUUUGCUCUGUUUAUGACACGGUUGUUGUCAAAGCAAAUUUGAAGUUUUGUCUGUUUUGUUCUGGUUUUCUGCAUAUUUCUUUAAAAAAAAAUUCUUAAAA